UACUAAAAUUUAAUUUAAAAAACCAAACAGGCCCUCGUCCAUUCAGUUGCAUACUUGCUUGCAUUGGCUAGGCCUAGCUGGACCACACCAGACCGGACCACCCAGCAGCUAGAGCUACUAGUCUUCAACUUCUUCUUCUUCUUCUUCCCCUUGAUCUGAUGAGCUAGCGUCCUUCUCCUCCCAUCCUUGCCUUGAUCCCCGGCCUCCUCUAUCUGCUUGCCUCUCGCCUCUCGCAUUGCAUUGGUCUAUCCAUUAUAUGUAUUGAGAGAAGAAGAAGCAGCAGCAGCAGCAGCGUGGUACUAGCUGUACCUCCUCCAUCAUAUCGGUCGAUCACAUUCAUUAUAUAUAUUCCAAACAAUGCGGCACGCGGCAGACAGCAGGAAGAAGAAGCGGAGGAGGAGGAUGAGUAUGAGUCCACCAUUCCCAUCCUCCUCCUCCUCGAGAUCUGCUGCUGCUGCUGCUCCAUGUCAAUGGUGCUGCUACUCCCAGUCCCAGUCCCAGCAGCAGCUGAUGCUCCUCCUUGCACUUGCACUUGCGCUCCUCCUUCCUCAUCUGGCGGUGGCGGGGAGGAUGGCGAGGAUCCAGAGCCAUCUGGACAGGAUCAACAAGCCCGCCCUGCGCUCCAUACGCAGCGUGGACGGGGACACCAUCGACUGCGUGGCGGCGCACCAGCAGCACGCUCUGGACCACCCGCUCCUCAAGGGGCACACCAUCCAGGCGGAGCCGACCGAGAUGCCAGCCAGCCGCAGAGGACUUGCAGCUGCUGCUGAUGCGAAGACAGGCAGCAGCAGCAGAGGGGGCGCCUGGCAGACCUGGCACCACGGCGGUCACUGCCCCAGGGGCACGGUGGCCGUCCGUCGGACCACCGCCGCCGACGUGCUGCGCGCCGGCUCCAUCUCCCGCUUCGGGUGCAAGAAGAGGAAGAAGAGAUCGUCCGUGGACGCCGCCCGCGCGGCCAAUGCGCCGGACGUCAUCUCCGGCAACGGGCACGAGCACGCCAUCGCGUACACGGCGCCUUCUUCGCAGCAGCAGCAGCCGGUGUAUGGCGCCAAGGCCACCAUCAACGUUUGGGAUCCGGCCAUCCAGGAAUCCAACGGCUUCAGCCUCUCCCAGCUCUGGAUCCUAUCCGGCUCCUUCAACGGCUCCGACCUCAACAGCAUCGAAGCGGGAUGGCAGGUCAGCCCUGAGCUGUACGGGGACAGCAGGCCGAGGCUCUUCACCUACUGGACAAGCGACGCGUACGAGGCUACCGGGUGCUACAACGCGCUGUGCCCGGGGUUCGUGCAGACGAGCUCCCGCAUCGCCAUCGGCGCGUCCAUCUCGCCGGUGUCGUCGCCCGGCGGCGCGCAGUACGACAUGACGCUGCUGGUGUGGAAGGACCCCAAGCUGGGCAACUGGUGGCUCAGCUACGGCGACCAGCUCGUGGGCUACUGGCCCGCCCAGCUCUUCACGCACCUCUCCGACCACGCCACCAUGGUCGAGUGGGGCGGCGAGGUCGUCGACACCAGGCCCGGCGGCGUGCACACAGCCACCCAGAUGGGCUCCGGACGCUUCGCCGCCGAGGGGUUCGGCCGGGCCAGCUACUUCCGGAACCUGGAGACGGUGGACGCCGACAACAGCCUGGCGGAGGUGCCGCUGGACGCCAUCCAGACGCUGGCGGAGGACGCCGCCUGCUACGACAUACGCAAGGCCUACGACGACGACGACGACGGGCACUCUGCUGGAUCUGGCGGCGGCUGGGGCACCCAUUUCUACUACGGAGGCCCGGGACACAACCCAGCAUGCCCUUGAACGAAUCCCUUGCUGCUAAUUAUAUUAGCUAGGAGUACUCAUCUUACUACGACUCUGAUAUUGCAUCGAUCAAACUGCUAAUUGAUUUUUCUGCAUGCUGCAUAUGUAAUCCCGAGCAAGCUAAGGAUGGAUUUCUUUCUGUUU